CAAAAAUAUUGACAUGAGUUUUUCUAUGUCUAUUGCUCCAAUAGAUUAUUUUGAAAGGCUGCCAGAAGGGUGCAUUAUUGAAAUAAUUUCAAAAACAACCCCUUCUGAUGCUGUAAAAUCAACAAUAUUGUCAAAAGAAUUCAAACGUGUUGUAGAAUCAGAUCUAAUUUGGGGAAGAUUUUUGCCCUUCGGUUAUCAAGAAAUAGUUGAUAGAUCAGAGUUUCCUCCAAUUUGCAACACCAAAAAAGAGCUCUUUUUUAGUCUAUGUGAUUCUCCCAUUCUCCUUGAUGGAGGCAAACUGAGUUUUUUUCUCGAUAAACAAAGUGGGAAGAAGUGUGUUAUGAUAUCAUCGAGAGAGCUUAUGAUUUUGGCGUGUGGGAAAACAUACUUUUGGCAAUGGAAGAAACACCCCAAUUCCAGAUUCUCAAAAGUGGCUUAUUUACGGGGUCUUGGCUCACUUUAUAUCCGUGGGAAGAUUGCAAGUCAAAUGUUGUCAAAGAGAACAACAUACAUUAUGUAUCUUGUGUUCAAAUUAGAUCCAAAUGUAUAUGAUGAUCUUGCAAUUGGUAAUUCAGUUGUUAUAUUUGCCAAUCGUCAGACUGAGGUACGACGAAAACGCAGGAGAACUGGUUAUCCUAAUGUUCAAAGAAGAGUUGAUGGAUGGAUGGAAAUAGAAAUGGGGAAGUUUUUUAAUGAUGUAGGGGAAGAAAGAGAUGUUGAAGCGCGACUACUGGAGAUUAGGCAUCGCUUUGGGAAUGGCGACCUCUUAAUUGAAGGAGUAGAGUUUCGACCAGAAUGAAGAAGACAAAAUUUCUUUUGCUACGCCUAGACAUGAGUCUCUCUCACUCAUUUGGACCAUGUUGUAGGACUCGUGUCAUAUCAUCUGAAUAUGUACUAUUUUGAAAAAUUCAUCAUA